UUGUAUCGAACUAUAUGAUCUAGCAGUCCUGAAUUUUGAAAAUCGACGCCCAAAAGCCCUCGUUGGGUCCCACUGAAUUCGUUAUCCAAUAUCCAUAGAUAUUUUUCAGAAAUCACACUUUUCACCUACAUUUUUUACAUAAUGGCGGCUCUACACACUCGUUUCACUUACUUAUCGCUGCGAACCGGAGCAAUCCAGACUUUUAUCUGACCCUGACAAGCGGCGGAAACUGGAGAGUUAUCAGACUGAUAGUACCGUAAACACUGUCACUGUCUUAUGACGCCUCGACGAAUAUGUACAACCACCAUGAUAUUGUCUCUGAUGUGCUUAAGUGUCAGUUGUCAGUUUGGAAGGAUCCGAAAUUUGAAUUCAGAAGUAAGAAAUAACGGUAAAGCUAAAAGCAUUAUUAAAGAAGCUUUUUCUAUUGUAUUUUUUAAAAAUAAAAGACAAACUUAAGUGUUAAUUUAAAACUAUAGGCAAUUAAAAGUGUUAUACGAAUAAGAUUUUGCUUAAAACUUCACGUUAGUAAACGUUAUAAAAGAAAUGGCAUCCAACGAAUUAACUAAAGAAAGAUUAACCGAAGAAUACAAAAGGGUGAGACAGCGUUGCAUUGACACAUGUAAUACUAUUGUUAAUUUGAACUUAGACACCACUGAAAACCAGGAUAAUAAAUCAAAUAAAACUAUAUUGUAUGCAGAAGGGCUCCAAACGGAAAUAGAGAACUCAAACACAACUAUUGUUUCGGACAAGAACUACCUUACUAGUCUUUAUUUAUCCGAGAUGAGAAAAAAAACGGAACAUCUGGAUGAGUUGAUUGCUUUUACUAAAGGCUCUAUCAGCGACACCGCCCAUGAAAUUGAAAGGUUAAAAGCAUUAAUAAUGCCUGCAAAGGAAGCUCUAUUAAAACCACGAGUAGUAUACAAAGAUGUAACAUCCGAGAAUAUUAACAAAGCAAAAGAAACAUUUCGUGAAAUGAAGAAUGAAUUAAUGAGUCUCAUUCGAUCACUCUUUCCUGAUUUGUAUGAACAAAUUGUAGUUACAUUAGGCCAACUCAUGGAAGAAAGAUUGAAUGAAGAAUCAAGUGGAUACAUUGAAAUUACUGAUGAAAACUAUGCAGUUAUUGAAAUUUUAAAAGAUAUCUCUAUUGUUACUAAAAAUCCUUAUAAUACAAAUCAAGUUAAAUUAGCUUACCAAUGAUAUAAACAUUAGCAUGAAUUGUAAAAAAGUUUUGUAUAAAGUAUAAUAUUAUGUAAUUUGUUUAAUAAAAAUGUAUUUAAAGUUA